AUGCCUUCUCUUCGUCGUACUGCCUCUAGUCCCGCCGUCCGCUCUUCUCCCUACUCGUCUGGUCUCCUUGCAGCCAGAGGGAACGGCCACAGGCGCUCUUCGGGCUCAGAGACCUCAGCCAGGCGCGUUCUCGCAGACAUAGAGUGGUGGAGAGUAACAGACGGUCAGCGCGAGUCCAGCCCUGACCAGGAGUUGGAGGAUCGCAACCGUGGCAAUCAGGACAUCGUCCCUCUCGACGUGUUCCUCGGCGCAGGUAUCCACAUCCCCCAUGUGGAUCCUGGUGUAGACCACCCCUCACCCCUGCCCUUGCCAUGGGUCCAGCCCGCUGUGACAGUCUCUGACGAGACUUCACCAGCUGUCGUACCUACCGAGCAGUUCGCAGGACUCUCGAUUACCCCCCACACGCCGACACGCCGGCAUCAUUCCCUUGAGUCGUCUUCCUCAUCCCUGGAAUCGACUCCGGAGGCUGCAGAGACUCCCAUCGGGGAUCUCUUCAUGGGCAUGUCCGACUUGGACAUGGGUUUCACCGAAGCCAAUCUACUCCCACUGCCUCUUGACAAGCGCAAUCGCCAGGCCGCUUUGGCCCCCAUUUUGAUGCGCUCCUUCGCGCUCAACGAUUGCCUGUCGCUCAAAGACGACGAGACAAACAAGUACGCAGACUUUGCUGUCUCGCCCCUGUCCUCCGCAAUCAGUUUCUUCAACUAA